AUGCAGAUUAUCUAGAAUGUACAUACCGUGACGCGAAUCAACACCAGAAUAAACACUGGCAUUGUUGUCGUCCGCACAUAAAUAUGGCGUGCAGUAUUUGUAUGAAUUCGUAUGACCGCGACCAGUACAAUCCGCUAGUUGCGCCAUGCGGGCACACGUUCUGCCGGGCAUGCUUGAUGCGGCCCUCCUUCCCGGGGGCUUGCCCAGUGUGUCGGGGCCCGCUACCGGCUGCCCGCAGCGCCCUCCCUCGCAACUUCGCGCUGCUAGAGGCGAUUGAUGGCGGUGCUAGUGAUACUGGAAGUGAGGAGGCGCGGAUGCUGCGGGAGUGCGGGCUCCUGGGCGGCGGCGAGCCCAGCACCAGCACCAGCAGCAGUGGUGACGGCGAGCCCGUGUUGCUUCCCGUGCUGCGUGCGGCGGACGUGCAGCUCACCUCUCAGGAGCUGGGCUCGGGCGCCUUCGGCCGCGUGAUGCUUGGUCGGUUCCACGGCAGGGAUGUGGCCGUCAAGCUGCUGCCGCUGCUGGGGCCCGCGGACAGCCGGGCGGCGCUGCGGCGAGAGGUUGCGGCGCUGGCGUCUCUGUCGCUUCGCUGCAGCAGCAUGGCUCGGCUGGUGGGCAUCAGCGUCAAGGACGGGCGUCUGGCGCUGGUGAUGUGCCGGUACCAGUGCAGCCUGGCGCAGAGCCUGGCGAAGCAGCCGGGCGGGCGCAUGGCGAGCGAUGAGGCGACCCUGCUUGCGCGCGACCUGCUUCGCGGCCUUGCGCAGCUGCACUGUCACGGUGUGGUGAUGGCUGACCUCAAACCCGACAACGUGCUGCUAGACGAGUCGGGAGCCCCGCUGCUGUGCGACUUCGGGCUGAGCCGGGCGGUGCGGUCCACGCUGGGUCAGCACGCGCCGCUGUCCCAGGUGGCAGGCACAGCAAACUACAUGUCCCCUGAGCAGUUCAUGGUGGGGACUGGCGGCAGCAGCACCUCAACGGCUGGCGGGGCGGCGGGAACCAGCACCAACAGCGCAGGCGGCGGCGCGGGCGCAGGCUCAGACGGUCUGAUCAGCCCCAAGAGCGACAUGUGGGCGUUUGCAUGCACGAUGCUGCAUGCACUGACGGGGCAGCCGCCGUGGGCUGGCCUGCACAUCGGGCAGAUUGCCGUGCAGGUGGGCGUGCACAAGCGCGCCCCAGACGUCCCCACGCACGCGCCGCCGCACCUACGGACCGUGCUGCUCAGCUGCCUCCAGCCCGACCCCGCCCGGCGGCCCAGUGCCUCCGAAGCCCUGGCGUCAUUGGAGCAGGAGCUGCGGAGGUGCAUCCGGACAGCGCCGCCGCCGCCACAACCAGCUGGCGCUACGGCGGAAACAGCCGCGGCUGCGGCUGUGGCCCCCCCACGCCCGACUCACGUCAAGUUGGCUGUGUACAUAUUCGACUCGGAGGCGUUCCGGCCCGCCCCCGCGCCCAUCACGACGCUUACAGCCUCUGUCAACGCAGCAGCCACCAUCGACCUGGGCGGCGGCAUGUUGCAGCUGUCGGUCCCGUUGCUGCCUGCGCACGAUGACACGAUGUCGUGGACGGCCUUUGCAACCGUUCCGCGCGAUAUGGCGCAGCUGGUAACGCUCAAUAUUAACCGCUGGGGAGAACGGACCGGCUGUACGUUUGUGAGCCUGGUCGGGCAGCCGCGCAUUGACCUGGUUUCCUACGUCACACAGCCGGGUGGCGAGCCGUUCACACGCAAGGUGGUGGUGGUUGACGUGCGCAAGCCGGUGACGCGUGUAUCGGUGGUGCUCUACGGCAGCUGGGGCAGCAACCAGGCUGUGGGCGUUACGGUCUUUCCCUGGCACAACGCGUUCAGCCUGGAGGCCGAGGCGCUGUCCAAGCUGGCCCCGAACGCCCGAGCGCGGCGCUUCCAGGUGGGCCGCUAUGAGCUUGUGGUGGAGGGCCGCCGCCGCCACAUCCCCGCACUGCUGGAGUCCGGCCUCAUCCGGCAGGGGGCGGUGCUGCACAUGCGCGAGCGAGGCGAGGCCACAAUGCAGGUGCUGGUCCACGUGGACGAGGGCCAGCCAGCCAUGAGCCUGCUGCCGGUCCGUGUGGCCCCCUGCUGGCUGGUGCGGGAGCUCAAGACGGCGGUUGCCGAGAAGCGGCCGGCCCUGGCGGACACGAUCAUGGAGCAGUACAAGUUCGUACGCGGCCAGACCGACUGCGAUGACUGCGCCGAGCUGUCCGUGUACUCCAUUGCCGCGGCCGAUGGGGACUUCCAAGUGCUGCAGCUGGUGAAGCGCCGGCCGCACCAGGCGGCUGGGGCUGGGGCUGGGGCGGCGGCGGCGGCAACGUGAGCUGUGUCGUAAGGGGGCUGGGGCGGGGGCUGGGGCUGGGGCUUGGGCUGGGGCUUGGGCUGGGGCUUGGGCUUGGGCUUGGGCUGGGGCUGGGGCUGGGCUGGGGCGGCGGCGGCGACGGCGGCGGCGGCGGCAACGUGAGCGGUGCUGAAACGAAUGCGGGAGAGGAGUGGCUCCGUUCUCAGGAGUCGGGGGAGUAGGGUCGCUGGUGCAC